GUAUUAAAAUAUUAAAAUUGUAUUGUGUAAGUGCAGUUUGGUUGGUGGCUCUAUCGACAUUGGUAUGUAUAGAAUUGGGGUUCGAACCUUAAAUUUACUAUUUAUCCAUUUAUAAUGUGUUAGUGUAGCCACUAAAGUACUUGAUCAAAAUAAAUAAUUAACAUUCACGGGGGAUUGUUCCUCACAACUACUAAAGCAUGUGAUUCAACAUUUUACAACACAUAAUCAGGUUCCAACCAAAUUCAUAUAUUAAAAUUCAGUGUUCUAUACACACAAGCACUAGAAAUCAUGAAAUCCCAUUUGCUCCUCCUCUGCUUCUUCAUUUUUGUCACAUUCACCACAAAAACUCUCUCAACCAGUCCUCAACCUUCUUCUUCUUCUUCUUCUCCUACUCAAAUAUAUAACCAAUAUUUAAGCCAACAGAAGAAACCAGACAAUGAGAGCAUAUACAAGGUAUCAAAGCAGCUUUGUUGGAACUGCAUGCAAGAGUCACUAGAAUUUUUGUUCAGACACAACUUGGUAAGAGCUUCAAAAUGGGAACUUCCACUGAUGUGGGAUUACCAGCUUGAACAAUAUGCAAGGUGGUGGGCUAGUCAAAGAAAACCAGAUUGCAAAGUGGAACAUUCUUUUCCUGAAGAUGGUUUCAAAUUAGGAGAGAAUAUAUAUUGGGGUAGUGGCUCUGAUUGGACACCAACGGAUGCUGUAAAAGCUUGGGCUGAUGAAGAGAAAUAUUACACAUAUGUGACUAAUUCAUGUGUAUCUGGUCAAAUGUGUGGACAUUAUACUCAGAUUGUGUGGAAAAGUACUAGAAGAAUUGGUUGUGCAAGAGUUGUGUGUGAUGAUGGAGAUGUGUUCAUGACUUGUAACUAUGAUCCUGUUGGUAAUUAUGUUGGAGAACGACCAUAUUAAUUUAAUUAAUCAUAUAAGUAUGUAUAUUGGUUAUAUAUGGUAGUGUGAAUUCAGUUAUUUAGUCCUUUUAAACUAGCAAUAUGAGUAUAUUGUAUGUUGGUAUAAAUUGAGCGAAUGUGUAUGGUUGUGACUUGUGAAUAGUUAUUAAAUUGCAUUUGAUAUCUGAUUAGUGUUUGGGACAAUAAGUCAAAGUAAACAAGAGAGGGUAUAUAUGCCAAUUUGUGUGUUGAUUUGUAUGUAUGUACUUGCGUAUCCAGUUAUGUAUAUUCUGGUAACAGAGAAUGUGAAUUUCACAAACAUGUAUAUUACUUGAGUUAUUA